AUGGUAAGUGCGAAAGGACUUUCUGUCGAAGAGAAACGGACGAAGCUCCUUGAGCUUUUCCAUGAAACCAAAGAUUUCUACCAGUUGAAAGAGCUCGAGAAGCUGGCUCCGAAGAUGAAGGGUAUAGUGUCCCAGUCAGUGAAGGAGAUUCUGCAAUCCCUGGUCGAUGAUGGACUGGUACAGGCAGACAAGAUCGGUUCCUCAAACUGCACUCUUUUGGAGUUUUCCAUCCCAGCAAGGCACGAUGGGCCGAGACCUUUUGAGAUACAAAACAGACUGAAUGCUGCUAAAGAAGCGAAAGCAGCCAAUGAAGCUCAACUCCAAGAAAUCACCGACGCUAUUGAGAAGGAAAAAUCCUUGAGGCAGGAAACAGACGAGCGUAGAGCGGCUCUAGACAAGCUGACCACAUUGAAGAAGGAAGUAUGCAAACUAGAUGAAGAGCUGAGUGCAUACGGUGCUUGCGAUCCAGUGAAGCUGGAAGAGACGAGAAGGGGAAUUAUACUGGCAAAGGAAGCGGCAUUGCGUUGGACUGAUAACUUUGGAGUCUUGCUUUCCUACUUUACACGGCAGAAUGGUGCUCCCGCUGAAGAUAUUCGGAAGUACCUUGGAGUGGAGGACGAGUAUGAAGACAUUUACUGA